UUCCUUUUUUUUCCCAAAAACGUACCGCAAACCGGGAUUUUAUUUAUAGAUGGCUAAGGAAGGGUUAAUAAAAGAAGAUGGGAAAUGUGUGGGGUCUCUCACUCCAUCACUGCUGGCGGUGGCGUUCCUGUCUUCAUUCGGCAGUUCCAUGCUCUAUGGCUACAACCUGGCUGUCGUUAACUCUCCCGCACAGUACAUUAAGCAGUUCUACAACCAGACAAUUGUGGCGAGGAACGGGACAAGCCAGAACGACGAGGCACUCACAUUGUUUUACUCUGUCACUGUGUCUGUGUUUGCCAUAGGAGGCAUGAUUGGCAGCCUCAUGGUGGGCAUGCUAGUCACCAGAUUUGGAAGGAAAGGGACCCUGGUGAGAAUCACAUAUCUGGUGUUCAUAGCUGGGGCCUUAAUGGGAUUCAGCAGGAUGUUUGCCUCUCCAGAGAUGAUUAUUACUGGACGCUUCAUCACAGGACUACACUCAGGUAUCUCUUUAAGUGUGGUGCCUAUGUACCUGGGGGAGAUAGCACCGAAGAACCUGCGGGGCUUCCUGGGUCUCGUGCCUAGUAUCUUCAUCUGUCUAGGAGUUUUUGUUGCUCAGAUCCUUGGGCUACAUGAACUACUGGGAAAGGAAGAGCACUGGCCCCUGUUCCUGUCUCUGGUGGUGAUUCCCACCACGAUCCAGUUGAUGCUGUUGCCUUGGUUCCCGGAGAGCCCGCGGUACCUGCUCAUAGAGAAGAAGAACGUUCACGCCACCAUCACUGCGUUGAAGUGGUACCGGUCCAAGGUGAACAUCCAGGCGGAGAUCGAGGAGAUGCAGGAGGAGCAGCGGUCCAUGUCCUCGGUCGAGACCGUGUCGGUCAUUGGCCUCCUGAGGGACAGGAGUGUGCGAUGGCAGGUCAUCACUGUGGUGGUGGUCAAUAUUGGCAUGCAGCUGUCCGGCAUCGACGCGAUCUGGUUUUAUACCAACGCCAUCUUUGAGAACGCCGGCAUCCCCCUCCCUGAGAUUCAGUACACCACCGUUGGCACGGGAGCCAUCGAGGUUAUCGCCGGAUGCAUAGGGUGCUUCACCAUUGAACGGCUGGGAAGAAAACCUCUGAUGAUUGGUGGAUUUACGUUUAUGGGAAUUUGCUGUGCUGGGAUCACGUUGUCCCUUCUAUUCCAGGUCCACUACAUCAGCGUUGCUUGUGUGGUGGGAAUCAUCGCUGGAUUCUGUAUAGGACCAGCUGGAGUGCCCUUCCUGAUGACAGCAGAGCUGUUUAAACAGUCCCAUCGGCCGGCAGCCUACAUUGUGGCAGGGUGCCUUAACUGGAUGUCUAACUUCACCGUUGGCUUUGUCUUCCCCUUCUUACAGAUGUCUGCAGGGGCGUAUUGCUACCUGGUGUUCUUCGGCGUGUGCAUGGCGGUCGCGGUCUACGUCUUCUUCAUCAUCCCCGAGACGAAGAACAAGACGUUUGUAGAGAUCAGCCAGAUGUUUGCGGCCAUGAACGGGACGCUGGAGGAGGAGAGCACCGAACUGGGCCACAACCUCAAACUAACCAAGAUGAACGGCUAUGGAGCCAUCGACAUGGAGAAUGGAGUGAUUGAGAAAAAUAAGUAGAGGAGA